ACUUGCCCGAGUGAGCAUCGUUGCCCAUUUUUAGCAUAUCUUCUUGACUUCUUCUUAAGAAUCGGAGCCUAGAUAAGCACGCCGUGGCCGCCGUCUGGUUUGCCUCUCGAAGCCUGCGAUGGCCGCUCUUGCAGACUUGCCGUUGUUUCUCCGGCCAAAACUCUCACUCGUCCCUUCCAGUCCCAAAAGCACGCCUAACAAACCGUCGACAGUUCGGCUCCGGUGCUCAAUCACGGUGCAAUCGACAGGCACUAUUUCCCCCGCCGGAGACUCACAACCGCCAGCCGAUUGCGUGAUCGUGGGCGGCGGAAUUAGCGGCCUAUGCAUCGCUCAAGCUCUGGCCACCAAGCAUCGCGAUGUAGCCCCAAAUGUGAUUGUCACCGAGGCCAGAGAUCGUGUCGGCGGGAACAUCACAACCGUGGAAAGAGACGGGUAUCUUUGGGAAGAGGGUCCCAAUAGCUUCCAGCCAUCCGAUUCUAUGUUAUCCAUGGUGGUGGAUAGUGGGUUAAAGGAAGAUUUAGUAUUUGGGGACCCUAAUUCGCCGCGCUUUGUGCUUUGGGAUGGGAAAUUGAGGCCAGUUCCAUCAAAGCUCACUGACUUGCCAUUUUUUGAUUUGAUGAGCUUUGGUGGGAAACUUAGAGCUGGAUUUGGUGCUCUUGGUUUUAGACCUCCAUCACCAGGACAUGAGGAGUCAGUUGAAGAAUUUGUCCGCCGUAACCUCGGUGACGAAGUUUUUGAGCGUCUGAUCGAGCCUUUUUGUUCAGGUGUUUAUGCAGGUGACCCUUCAAAAUUAGGUAUGAAAGCAGCAUUUGGAAAAGUAUGGAACCUAGAGCAAAUUGGUGGCAGCAUCAUUGGUGGCACCUUAAAAACAAUCCAAGAAAAGAAGAAAAGUCCAAAACCUCCCCGGGACCCGCGUUUACCAACACCAAAGGGCCAAACAGUUGGGUCCUUUCGAAAAGGACUUACUAUGUUGCCUGUUGCGAUUGCCCAAAGGUUGGGCCAAAAUGUUAAAUUGUCUUGGAAGCUCUCAAGUAUUACUAAACGUGAUGGUGGAGGGUAUACUCUAACAUAUGAAACACCUGAAGGGUCUGUUUUUCUGCAGACCAAGAGUGUUGUAUUGACAGUUCCCUCUCACGUUGCGAGCAAUUUCUUACAACCUCUAUCUGCAGUAGCUGCUGAUUCCUUAUCGGAAUUCUAUUACCCACCAGUUGCAGCCGUGUCCAUUUCCUACCCAAAAGAAGCAAUACAGAUAGAAUGCUUAAUAGAUGGUGAGCUUAAUGGGUUUGGCCAGUUGCAUCCACGCAGCCAAGGGGUGGAAACCUUAGGAACUAUAUACAGCUCAUCGCUUUUUCCUAACCGAGCACCAGAAGGAAGGGUUUUGCUUCUGAACUACAUUGGAGGUGCUACCAACACUGGGAUUUUGUCCAAAAUGGAGGGUGAACUUGUGGAAGCAGUUGACCGCGAUUUGAGGAAGAUGCUCAUAAAACCAAGCGCCAAGGACCCACUUGUUCUUGGCGUGAGAGUGUGGCCUCAAGCCAUUCCGCAGUUCUUGGUGGGCCAUUUGGAUAUCCUAGAAACUGCAAGAAAUGGUAUCCGAGACGAUGGCUUGGAAGGGCUGUUUCUCGGGGGUAACUAUGUAUCCGGCGUGGCUUUGGGGCGAUGCGUAGAAGGAGCUUAUGAAGUUGCAGCUGAGGUGAACAGUUUUCUCUCCCAAUGUGCUUAUAAAUAAUGUGUUAAGAUAAUAAUGGCUCAUUGUUUAGAGGGAUCAUGUAAUGAGGUAGUACUGAAAUUGUAAGUUCACUAUAGUUGGUUUUACUUGAGAGUUCUAGUGAAUGUUAUGUGGGAAUUGAGUAAACAAUACUCCAUAUGCCCUUAAACAAAAGUAUAAUUUGGUGGAUACAGAGUUUUUUUUUAAUUAAAAAAACUGUGUUAUU